CUUUACCAUAAGUGCAUAAGGCUCUGAGGAAUUGAGUGGAAAAUAAGGAAAAACUUAAUUUGAAGAAAGUAGCCCAGGCAAUUUGAGGAAAAAGUCCAAGAUACGUAUUGUACUUUAUCUCAUGAAGUCUGCUUUGGUGAUUGGCGCCUCCCGUGGAAUAGGUAAACAAGUUGCCAUAAUUUUAUCUAGAAAUGGUUAUUCAGUGGGCGUUGCUGCAAAAACUGAAGUUUCCCAGGAAACACUUCCGGGUUCAAUCCAUGAUGUAGUACGUGACAUCACUAAGGAAGGAGGUGUGGCUAUACCAAUCAAAUGCAAUGCCAGAAAGAGUAAUGACAUACAAGAUGCUGUGACCACAUGUAUAGAAAAGUUUGGAAAGCUUGAUUUAGCAGUAUACAACGCAGGGGCUAUUUUAUGGAAGCCUGUGAUAGAAACCCCAUUGUCAAGGUUUGACCUCCUACAUGAGGUAAAUGUCAGAGGGGCAUAUACCAUGGUACAACAGGUGCUCCCACAUUUUCUCGAAAGAAAUACAGGAAGGAUAAUAUUAGUAUCACCUCCUGUUUACAAAAGAUUCUUUAAAGGCAAGACACCAUACAGCAUUAGUAAGAUAGGAAUGACUGUCCUUACCCAUGGGCUUGCUAAUGAAUUAAAAGACACAGGGGUUUCCAUUUCCUCCUUAUGGCCAGCCACCGCCAUUAAAGCAUUCGUCACGGACAAACUCCAAACUCCAUCAUCUGUCAUGAGAACUCCCGAUGUGUUUGCUGAUGCCGUUUUAAAAAUCGCUGAAGAAAAUUCAGAAAAACUGAAUGGACUUGCUCUGAUUGAUGAAGAUUUCUUGCGAACCACAGGUGUGUCUGAUUUUUCAAAGUACCGCUGUGAUCCAGACGUGGAACCUCCAAGAAUGAUGCCACGGAAAUUCCCAGAUCUAAGUGUGGAAGAGGAAAACGAUAAAGUGUUUCCAAAGCUUUAAUACAUGCAAUAAAUAAAGAAAAACAA